AUGACAGACUUUUGGAAUGAUUUGAAGAGUGUGACGCCGAGCUAUUGUAUCUGUGGUGAUCAUGACUCGCCAGCAUUUCAAAAACAGAAUGAAGAAUUUGGCAAGAAACUUCAAAAUGGCUAUAGAAAUGUUGAAAUCGACGUCACUUCAGACGGAGAUCAUUUCAAUGCUAUUGAACAACUUCGAAGUGAAGAUGAUCCACUUACAUUGAAGUUACUGAACGUUAUGUAA